GUCAGCCGUGUGUCGUCAUUCAUCACGUGACAUGAUCGCCAUUUUUCCACCAAGCCUGAGAAACAAAGAGUGCGGUACAUGCAAGGAAAGUGAUUGCAGCAGGUUUUCAAUUUAGUCUGCUGUCGGUAGGUGUAAAGCAUGAUGAUGAGACCAGGUGAUGGUGAAAGUGUAACAACAACAUGGGGCACCAGUGGCAGUGAGGAACAGGAUCUAGAGAGCUGCACAAAACUAGAUGGCGCUCAUGUCAAUGGAUCUGCAGAGGAAAAAAAUGCUGAAAAUUGUGAGGUGCCAGAGAUACAAGUUAAGCAGACAUCCACAGAGAAGGGUAUAGAAAUGAAUGGUUCUACUAAUUCUCACACGGUGGUGGAGGAUGUAAAUGGAGAAGCAGAAGUGACAGAUGAACCUAUGGAAACUAACCAGUUUGUACCAGUCAACAGUGACCAAACAGUUAUACCAGAAAACAAUGACCAAGCUGCUUUACCAGCUAGCAAUGGCCUAACUGUUAUACCAGGCAAUAAUGGCCAAACUGUUAUACCAGAUAACAAUAGCAAAACUGCUACACCAGACAUCAAUAGCCAAACUGUUGCUGUUAUACCAGUCAACAAUGGUCAAAUUUCUAUACCAGUCAACAAUGGCCAAUCUGACUGUCCCUCUUCCACUGACAUAUCAGGUCCUCAGCAAACCAAGAAAAGUUCUGAGAAUGUGUCCAGUCCAGACGGUAUUAGUGCUCAAUUCAGCAAUCUCAAUGACAAUGUAGUUGCUCAAGAUGAAAGUACACUUGGUGAUGGGAAAUCUGAAGAACUUGAAAAUGAGCUGAAUGGCUCUGAUGCCAGUGAUGUGGUUCAGAAAAGUGAUCCUUGUGGUGCUGAAAUAAAAACAGCCAGUAAAAGGAAAGAAGGUGGAGAGAUGAAACUUAAUCAAGGGACAGAAGUAGAAAACCAGGAAGCCAGAACAAGUCCUGUAAAAGAAGUUGAAGAAAUGGAAAUUGACUCCCCUACUCAGUUGCAUGAAAGCAAAUCUGCCCCUGAAGGGAAAAAACAAGACUUCAGCUCUGUUUCGGGGAAGAUUGUUGAGAGCACAGAUGAAUUCAUCAUUGUCCAGAACUCAGACACUGAUGACAGUGAGACAGAAAUGGAAACUGGAGAACCCACCAAAAGUACAAAUGGUGAAAAGGAAAAAAAUGGCUCUACUCUACAGGACCUGGUGGAGGAGACGGUGGGACAGAUGGCAGCACAGGAAAGCCCCUCUGCGCCAAAGAUCCACACUCCAUCAUCAGUAUCUCCCUCUAGUGGUGGGUCCCCAGGUGCUAGUCAAGCCAGUGCCCCAAGAGCUAAUGGAUCGCCCACGCCCACCAGUGUGACAUCAAAAUCUGCAGGACCCCUUUUAAAGGCUCUCACCAGCGCAGGUGCAGCGCCCCCAGUGGCAUCCUUCAACACUUCUCAGCAGAAACAGACCCCAGCUGUAAAGGAGCCGGACUUCUAUGGGGAGGCACCCAAGAGCAUGGUAGGGCUAGUUGGUGCAUUUCUGUUCAACAUUGGUCUUGAUCUAGUGAAGGAAAAGACUUAUAAAAGUCUCGCUCGUGUGCAGACGAAACGCCUGAAAGAGGACAAAUUGGAGGAAAAGGAACAAGAGGAACUUGAGAAGAUGAAAAAGGAACACUCAGUUUUGCUGGAAAAAAAUGAAUCCCUGCACCAUAAAAAUUUGAAAUGCUCCAAGUGUAACUUCAAAACAGAAUCCCAGAAUGUUCUAGAACAUCACAUGGAGUAUCCCCACAUGGAGGCAGAUAAGAUGACUUGUUCCUUCUGUGACUUCCACAGCCGCCAGCCCAUAGCUUUCACCUAUCACAUGAAAGGAAAUCACAAUAAAAAUGCGCGCUUCGUCCCAAGACCUCUUUUUCAUCAAUGCACGCUAUGCUUCUAUGAACAAAAUCACAAGAACCGCUUAAUGCAGCACGAGAUAGGCUGCAGGAGACGGUUCGACAUUGCCAAAAACCUGGCUCCCACCAACAAUUUUCUGCACCACUCUCUGAGUGUGGAGGUAAAGAGGCCCCCGCCACCAAAACCCAAACCUGCCCCACCAGUGUCCCUUCUCCCUGGAAACAAACCUAACGCUGCGCAACAGAACAGGACACCAGGGCCCCAACCAGGACUCUCUCCUAGUCAACAUUUAGCGGGAAUGCAGACCUUCAAUCUCAAUGGCCAGAUCUACGUGUGGACCAGCGUGGGGCUGGUUCCUAUGCAUGCUGCAACCCAAGCCAUCCAAUCCUCGCGCCCAAUUUCUGCCAUUGUGGGACAUCCCAAACAGACAACAGCGCCACCUACUCCUGUUCAAAUGUAUGCUGCUCAGCCUGAUGGACCAAAGUUGUCACCAGGAUUAUCUGCCAUUUCGCAGAUUUUGAAACGGUCUGGAUCUUCAGUGGAUGUCAAUGGGCCAACUGCUCCAAAGGUUUCCAAGAAAGAUUACGAGGUCUGUGAACUUUGUGACGGCUUUGUCAUGAAUCGAGAUGCAUUGCGAGUUCACUUUUAUUACGCUCACCAGAUCAACAUGUCACCGGAUAUUUUCCAGAAGUACAAGAGUCCUCCGCUGACCUGUGCUGUGUGUAUGGCAACAUUUUGGACAUCACAGGGCUGGAACCGCCACUCCAAAACUCACUUCCAGAACGAGUGUUUCAUUUGCAAGAGGAGCUUUCAACAGUUAGUCACUCACCUGGAAACUGCCCACGGCCUGAACUUCUUAAACCUGGUGGAAAUCAACCGCUGUGUGAGCUGCGGUAAGACAUUCACGUGUGAAAAAGACCUUGAAUCUCACAUGGCGAAGUACCACGGACUGAGUUUACAGCCAAUGAAAAUGGUUGCAGAGGUCAGAACAGCUGCUGUGGCCAGAGAUAGAAUCGAGAAAACUCCCGCGUUCGCCACUCUUCCAGCAUCCAGGAAGAAGGCUGUCCCAAAAGGGAAACCCACGACCAGUCCUCGUGUCAUGACGCAGAAUACUCCCUAUGAGUGCAAAACCUGUGGUAUUAGCAAUUUUGCCAAUGUGCAGGAGUACUACCAUCAUUUCGGAGAGAAACACGGUGGGUUAGGAUGCCGCCACUGCUCAGUGAAGUUCAACUCUCUGGAUGAGCUGGGCUACCAUUUGUUCUUGGCCCACAAGGAGAAGCUUUUCAUGUGUAACAAGUGUGGCUUUGGGGCACUGUCCACUACGGCCCUCAGACAGCAUAUGUUGGACCUGCACGAAAAGGUGCGGUGUAACUUAUGUGGUCGGUGCUAUGAGGGGAAGGCGUACAGAAUCCACCUCAUGGGGCACACAAAGAAGUGUCAUGUCAAAAUAGAGAGGUUAUCACGUAGGGUUCUGGAGAAGUAUGGAAUUAGUGGACUUUCUAAGGAGAUUGAUGUGGGUAACGCUGUUGUUAAGGACAACGGCAGUAUCCCCAGGAAUGAUGUUGCUCUUGAAGAUGAUGUUGUAGUUGUGGAAUAAAAUUAUUUACAUAGAUGGAGCAUAAAAUGCAGUUUAUUGUAUUUAUUGGAGAUUGUAUAUUAUUACCAUCUAAGAAAUUGUCAUUUGAUUAAAAGUCUGCCAUGAGAAAACUUGCUCGUAAAAAAAAAGUUUAACAUAUAAAUGUGAGAGAAUGUUAACUUUCACAAAUGUUAUAAGACUAGCAGCAUUAUUGUAGGAAAGUGUUCUGCCAAACAAAUAAUUAUAAAGAAUUGCGUUAGAUUGGAAAUGAUGGAAAAUCGCCUUGUCCAUUUUACUUCAGUUUUCUUAUUGAUUCCAAAGAAUAAUUUAGCUUUUGGGAUUUUAAAGAAAAUUUCCCUAAACUUUAAAACUUCAGCACAUUUUUAAAGACCGCAUAAAUAUUGUAGUAGGUUCAUAAACAAUGUCAAGAAAAAAUAAAUAGUUUUCAACUUGAGUGUCCAUUGGUCUUUGUACUUGGACCUCGGUAGUGAGCAAGUAUUCUACAUAUUCAUCUGUGGAAAAUCUGAAGAAAGUAAAAUCCAUAGAAAACGCAUCACUGUAACAUAUUAAUGUGUACAAAUGUUUCUCAAUUAUGAUUAUUAAUUGAAAAUGAAGAAGGCCAGUUGACACCUGUGUCAGGAGUCUAUAUACGCAUACAGAAUGUUUUUUUUUUUUUUAAUAAUGAAAGUGCCUGCACUGUAUGGAGAAAUUCUUGUUACCAGUGUACUAUCCUACCCGAAACUCCCCUGUCCCCC